GCCGCGGGGGAUACGGAUGUGCGGGCGGGACGGAGCCCGCGCCGCUCCCGGUUCGCAUUGUCCCUGUCCUGGGACAGCCGCUCCCGCCCCGGCUGGGGCAGUGCCGACAGCUCCCUUCAACCAUGCUGCCCGCGACUGGGAGUCCUGCAGUGCGCCCGGGCCGCCGGCGUUACGCUGACUCCGGGUGAAGGGCUACCGAAUUUUACCGUUUAACGUGUGUGUCACGGCUGCACCGGGCUAGGGGGGCCCGCAGGACUCCCUGAGCACGCCGCGACCUAGAUUCAAGAGCACUUUAGCAUCUCCUCAGGGUGCUUCCCUCUUUCUUCAAUUGGCUCCAACAAGCAUCAUGAGGUUUCUAAGUAGUUUUACCACACCUUUUGAUGCCUCCAAAGAAGAAGUGUACCCACAAGGCCAGGAAGGCAGAGCUGAUUUUCCUUGAGAGGCCAAGGGCAGGACCCAUCCAUUGUUAUGAAACUCCACUGCAUUUGGCUGAGAAUCCCAGACAUGUGCCUACAAAACCUGUGGACCAGAACACUUCUGCUGCCUGGGUGUGCCCACAAUUUGACACAGCUAAGUCAGUGGUGUUGAAAGCACGCCAGAAAAAGCGUCGUGGUCCUCACAAGCCCUAUCAUCAGGAUGCCAACCACAGUUCAUUUCAUGCAGGAGGAGCUUGUCGAGGAGCUGUAGCCUGCAGAUUUCCUCCUUUAACUUUUGAGACUCCAGAAGGACAUGCAGUCCCUCCACUGGAUCAUCCAAAUCGCUUGAGAAAGAAUGCAGAACGCUCUCACAACCAGCCUAAGAAAGGGACAGCAGCAAAUGCCAACAUCCAGGUGAAGCGUCCAGAGAACUGUGGAGAGCCUCCUCCCCAGCCUGUGGAGCAAGAAUUCCUUGGACCACCAGAUGCAGAGGCUGCACAGGUUUCUUCCCCAAGGAAUGGGAGAUGCAGCAACACUCUAGCACAAAUUAGUCAUGCCUGGCAUCCAGAAAAAGAGCUGGCAUUUGGUACUGAUCCCUGUGGGAGAGGGGAGGUGGCAGCAGUGCUGGUUACAGAUACUCCCGAGCACGAGUAUGGAGUAAAGGUCACCUGGAGACGGCGGCCUCACAUAAUGAAGUACCUGCGGGAGCAAGGGAAGCUGAGCGCUGCGGACAUCCUGGUGAAGGCAGACAUGGAGCUCUCGAGGAGACAGACCCACACCUGACCGGGCGGGAGCAGCCACUCUGCUGCGUGAAGGACACGCCUGAACAGAAGAUGUCACUUCGGGGACUGAAGAGGGGACGUGAUUUCAGCCAGGACCUCUACUGCGCCUGGCAGAGCCCCCGAGAAACACCGGGGCGGGGCGCGGGUCUUGGCGACAGGGGCGGGUCUUUUGGGGAGGUCUUCGCUGGGGAAGUGUGUCUGGAAAGGGCUUUGUGCCCCACGCGCUUCCCGCCGGGGCCGUUCUCCCCUCCCGGCUCAGGCGCCUCCCGUGGCGCGGAACGGAGGACGGCCGUUGUGUUCCGCCGCGCGUGCGCGGCGCCGCGGC